AUGGUCCCAAAUGAAGCUCUUUUGUAUUCUGGGAUUGUAGAUUUGCUUCAACAAUUUGGAUGGACAUGGGUUGGACUUUAUGUGAUGGAUAAUGAAAGUGGAGAACAUUUCUUGAAGGUCAUGGAGCUUUUAUUUUCCCAGAAAGGCAUCUGUUCAGCCUUCACAGGAAGAAUCCCAAACCAAAGUUUCUUGCUUACUUUUGCUGAACUGAGUGUUAUGACAUCAAAUAUUUAUCUCCAUUUCAUGGACCGGAAUGCCAAAGCUUGUGUCAUUUAUGGUGAAUCUCUGACCAUGAUCUGGCUGAGCACACUGGUGGCUUUAGCAGAUCCAGUACGUAAGGAAUAUGUUGGAAAGGUGUGGAUUGCGACAGCCCAGAUUGAUUUUUCAGUCACACGCUUCAUAACACAUGAAAAUUUAGAAAUGUUCCAUGGCACCAUUUCCUUCACAAUUCAUGCUAAUAAACAUUUCGGAUUCCAGACAUAUCUCCAGAAUGUAAAACCUUACUGGGCACAAGGAGAUGGUUUCCUCAAAGAGUUCUGGGAGCAAGCCUUUGACUGCUUAUUUCCAAGUCCAGAUCUAACAAAACAAGAUGGUAAAAUUUGCACUGGGGAGGAGAGACUGGAAAGCCUUCCAUCAGCUGUUUUUGAAAGGCAUUUUACUGGGCACAGCUACAGUAUCUAUAAUGCUGUCUAUGCUGUUGCCCAUGCUUUGCACGCCAUGGACAUGCCUAUAUCCAAACAGGGAGCAGUGGUGGGAAGGAGAAGACUUGCAGAGUUUCAGCCUUGGCAGGUUCAUUCAUUUCUUCAAGGCAUUUCAUUUAACAACUCUGCUGGAGAAACUGUGUCUUUUAAUGAUGGCAGAGAAAUUGUUGAUGGAUUUGAUCUAAUGAAUAUAGUCAUAUUUCCAAAUAUUUCAUUCCAUAGAGUAAAAAUUGGAUAUGUGGUUCCCAAAGUUUUUGAAAGAAAAGGGCUAAUUAUUAAUGAAGAUAUAAUUGAGUGGCCCAAGAGCUUUAACCAGGUGCUGCCACUUUCCAUGUGUCAUGAUGCCUGCCAACCUGGUUAUUGGAAGAGAAAGAAGGAAGGGAAGAAAUUUUGCUGCUAUGAGUGCAUUCUGUGCCCAGAGGGGAAGAUUUCAAACAAAAAGGAUAUGGAUGAAUGCUCCAAGUGCCCAGAAGACCAAUAUCCCAGCAAGGACCAAAAUCAGUGCAUCCCUAAAAUUAUAACCUUUCUCUCAUAUAAAGAACCUUUAGGGAUCACUUUCACCUCUGUUUCCUUUGCCUUCUCACUGACAGCAGCUUUGGUGUUAGCGGUCUUUAUAAAGCAUAAAAAUACAUGCAUUGUCAAAGCCAAUAACCAGGACCUCACCCACAUUCUCCUCAUCUCUCUUUUGCUUUGCUUUUUGUGCCCUUUGCUAUUUCUUGGACAACCUGGGAAAGUGACCUGCUUCCUCCAGCAUUCUGCUUUUGGUGUCAUUUUCUCUUUUGCUAUUUCUUCUGUGCUGGCCAAAACGAUCACUGUGGUGGUUGCUUUCAUGGCCACCAAACCAGGCUCCAAUAUGAGGAAGUGGGUGGGGAAAGGACUGGCCAACUCCAUUGUUCUUUCUUGCUCCCUCAUCCAAGCUCUGCUUUGUGCCAUCUGGCUUGGGACCUCUGCUCCAUUCCCAGAUUUGGACAUGUACUCAGUCCCUGGAGAGAUUGUAGCACAAUGCAAUGAAGGAUCUCUCAUCAUAUUUUACUGUGUCCUGGGCUACUUGGGACUUCUGGCCAUCAUCAGCUUCACUGUGGCUUUCCUUGCUAGGAAGUUGCCUGAUAGCUUCAAUGAAGCCAAAUUCAUCACCUUCAGCAUGCUGGUCUUUUGUACUGUUUGGCUGACUUUUGUUCCAGCCUACCUGAGCACCAAGGGCAAAUAUAUGGUGGCUGUGGAGAUCUUCUCCAUCUUGGCCUCAAGUGGUGGAUUACUGGGUUGCAUCUUUUUCCCAAAAUGCUAUAUUAUAUUGUUGAGGCCUGAGCUUAACAACAAGGAACACCUAAUGAAGAGAACACAUGUCAAACUUUAA